AAGGAGCUACAGCCUUGAAGGUAUUUACAAAGUGUCUGAAACCCAAAGCACACAGUCUGAAUAAACCACUGACAGAGCCAGGACGGGACAGAGUUGAUAUCCUGCAAUAGAGUAAUUCAGAAGUUCACCUGCUACAAUGAAGCUUAUCCCAGUCCUGCUCAUCGCUGGAGCUUGUGAAGUAGUGAUAUGCCAGGCACAAGACAGCUUCUUCUGGCUGUCUUACCUGCAGCGCCGGUUUGGUUACAGCGAUUACUCUGGGCAGGUGGCAGCCAGCAUGCGUGCCAGGGAUUGCCCCCUGGAGUGUGACUGCCCUCCCAGCUUCCCGAUCAGCAUGUACUGCGACAGCCGCAACCUCAAGCAGAUCCCCUUCGUGCCUUCCCGGAUGAAGUAUGUGUACUUACAGAACAACCGGAUCAGCUCCAUUCAGGACGGGGCUUUUGACAACGCAACCGGACUGGUCUGGAUCAUGCUACACAGGAACCAGCUAACCAUGGACAAGAUCGGGAAAAUGGUUUUCUCCAAGCUGCAGAACUUGGAUCGGCUAUAUCUGGACCAUAACAACCUUACUAGAGUGCCCACCCCACUGCCACGGUCCCUGAGUGACCUCAGGCUGUCCAACAACAAGAUCAACAAAAUCCAGCCCAACACGUUCGAAGGACUGGAGAACCUGACUUCCUUAUUACUCAACUACAAUCAGAUCCCUGACAUCGGCACAGCUCUGAAGGGGCUGAAAUCGCUGUCCCUUCUGGAUCUGAGCAACAACAAGCUGAAGAAACUGCCGGGGAAUCUUCCAGACCGGCUUCACCAGCUCUAUCUGGAGUUUAAUAAGAUCAACGCCAUUCCGGACGAUUAUUUUAGGAAAUUCCCCAAACUGCAGUAUGUGAGGCUCUCAAACAACGAGCUGACCGACAAAGGGAUUCCCUCCAACACUUUCAACACCACCAGCUUGAUCGAGCUGGAUCUCUCCUACAACAGACUGCAGAAGAUACCCUCGGUGAACACCAAUCUGGAGCACCUCUACCUGCAAGCUAAUGAGAUCACAGAGUUCUCAAUCAACAGCUUCUGCCAGGUGAUUGACAUCAUGAGCUUCUCUCGGCUACAAGUCCUGCGAUUGGACGGCAACAAGAUCGCGCACAACAAGAUCCCACCAAAGGCGGCGCUGUGCCUACGCCUGGCCACCAUCAUCGAUGUGUAGACUCAGAGACACUCGGAGGCUGGGGAGAAGCUCUCCCUAGUGGAGGAUUGGUGAAUUGGUUGGAUGACUAUUGAGACAGAACCCAUCCUACAUCAGGAAGUGAGAGCCGCAUAUGCACAUUCUACCCAGAGCACAAGGUGGUAUAAAUGAUAUAUAAAACAAGGAGGUGGGGAGUCCAAUGACCCCACAGUGAAACUGUAAACCUUAAAAAUGUGGUCAAAUGCCACCCCUUGAAGCUAAAAUACUAGUAAUCACUGAGAAAUCAACACGGCUCUACACACAUUGAUACCAAAUCUCUCUGGUUCUUGCUCCUGCUGUUCUGUGGUUGACUACACAUUGCUGUAUAUAACAGCCAUAAGGCAUCAUGUGCAUAUUCCUUUCUCUUCUCUGUUAUACGCAUUAUCUUCUACUACCAUAGAAAAACAAAGUAUUACCUUAUAGUUCACAAUGUAGUUUUACAGAAGGUAUGGAUAAAGGACAUGAAAAGCCUGGAAAGUUAGAUUUUUUUUUAAGUGAUUUU